GCACGCCAUCUGAAGCACAACGCCAGCCGUCGAUCGCAAGUUUCGUAUUUGGAAAGAACCACAAUAAAAUCGCCACAAAUAAAGUUAACAGUCCAAACAAGUGCCUAGCGACAAAUAAGCAACUAAAUGCAACGCAUAAGGAACAAGCAGAAACACAAAUAUUUUCCAUAACUGCACGAAGUCAAAACAAUUUAAAAAAGGAUUUUUUUUAAAAGACUACAGUUAAAACAACAAAAGCGGAAAUUAGCAAGCGAUAUCAAUCCGGAGCGAAACUUAAGCGGACGACUUCAAAACUUUUGAUAAAUUGAUACAACUCACAAGCCAUAAAAAACAACAUAAAGGGAAGGAAGCAACUGGAUGAAGGAUAAAAAUAAAAAACUUAAAAGAAAAUCAACUUUAAAUGAAAGAAAUCAAACUUACUUAAAUUCAACUACAAAAAGUCUUCGGCGCGCGAAAACCCUAUUAAAUGACCAAUAGACUCUACAAAAGCCAAACUACAUCGGGAAGGAUAGAGUAAAUCAGGAAGCCACUAAAUCGCUUAUCCCAGAACAAAAAAAAUUAAACUCAAUAAAGGAUUAAAACCAACAAAAUAACAAGCUGCAAGCAAGCAUUAAAUUACACUAAAACAAAAGCCAUAAAGAAACUAGAAGCCAUACUACAAGAAUAUAAAAGCUUAAAAUAAAUUCAAAUACAAAACAAACAAGAACUUUAAUCUCAGCCACACAAAAUUCGAACUCGCGCGCCCUGCCCCUCCACUUUGCAACACUUAGCCGCUGUAUCCCUGGCUUUCCGCCGCAUUCCAACACUGCAGGACUGUCAGCUGUCAACUUCCUUGAGAGUGUGUGUGCGUGCGUGUGUGUUGCAAAACGUCGGCGUUGCACUUAAAAAUUCGCGUUUCUGGCCAGAAAACCCGGGUUGUUAACAAACUAAACGGAUUUUCUGGGCCCCAAAACAUAGCCCCCAGGCAACCGGGCAAGGAAAACCGCCCGCAAAACGCGCUCGCCAGGGAAAACGCGCGCGUUGUGUGUUUUUGUGUGUGGUUUUAUUUUUGGAAUAUAGAAAGAGCGACGAGAUCUGAACAGAAAAAAAAAAAAAGUGUGCCGCGGCCGGAUUUUCAGAGGCCCCUCGUGAAAAUAACGCCAAGCAAUAAUAGACGCGCGCGGUGCCUUGGAUUUUUACGGCUCCACGGUGGAGAACUUUUACCUCAGAAUGGAUCCUACGCGGGGCGACUCGCGCUACAACCUGAACUACUCGAUGAGUAGUAUCGGGUUGAGUCUGACCGAUCCGGCGGAUAUGUACGGCAGUCCCGCCCUGGGGGCGGGCGGUCGGCCCCCGUCGGGGGGCUUGCUGCAGAACAUGGGCGGCGGAGUGCCGCCCAUGCAGCGGCCCACGGGCGGAGCGCCUCCCGCAACCCAGUGCCAAACGCUCCACAGUCCACAACACGCCUCCCAGCAGCAACAACAGCAGCAGCAGCAGCAACAACAUCAGCAGCAACAGCAGCAGCAGCAACACCCCCAGCAACAGCAGCAGCAGAGGGGCCUGAAACGUUCCGGCAGCGACUGCUACGAGGAUCACCACCGGUCCUCCGGAGGACUCACGCUCCAAGGACUGGACAACGUGGCCACCAAUGCAGUCGACGACUCGGUGGACAACUACAAUCCGCUGCCCAAUAAGAAAUCGCCGCCCGCCAAUGGGAAGAAGACAAAGGGACGUGUCAAAAUCAAAAUGGAAUACAUCGACAACAAGCUGCGUCGCUACACGACCUUCUCCAAACGCAAAACGGGCAUCAUGAAGAAGGCAUACGAGCUGUCGACGCUGACCGGAACGCAGGUGAUGCUGCUGGUGGCCAGCGAAACGGGCCACGUGUACACAUUUGCCACGCGCAAGCUCCAGCCGAUGAUCACCUCGGAGGCGGGAAAGCAGCUCAUCCAGACCUGCCUCAACUCGCCGGACCCGCCGAGCGUCGGCGGCGGCGACCAGCGGAUGUCGGCCACCGGGUUCGAGGAGACGGAGCUCAGCUACAACAUCGCCGACGAGGACUCGAAAGAUGACCGAUCGCCUACCUCGUCCGGCAACGAGUCGGAUGACUCGUCGGAUGUGGAGAUGCCGGUGGAGGCUGCCGAGGCGGCAGCCAAGCUCCCGGCCAGCAAAACAGAGGCUCCUCCGCCUCCUGCCGCCUCAGCGGCAGCAGCUGCCACGUCCUCGGCGGCAGCCUCAUCUUCUGGCUCCAAGGCGAUGCCAGCUUUGAACUAUCAGACUGAGAACAACGGACCCUCGACGUCCGCAGGCGGAGCCCCGGCGGACAGCAAGUACGUUUACCCAGCUGCCUCGAUCGCCAACAUACCGCAGAAGAUGCUGCGGCAGCUCAUACAGUCGGGUCACUUGCAGCUCCACGCUGAAGAGGAUGGAAACCAGUACGUGACCAUACCGCUCAGCUCCACGGCGGCCAACCUGAUCAAGAGCAACAAGCUGAGCGCCUCUGGAUCGGGAGCUUCGGGGUCAGGAACUGCCACUAAAAGCGAUCCCCAAGCCGAGAAACCCCUGACCAUCAAGCAGGAGUACGAUUAGCCCCCAGCCACGCCCACUGCUUACCCAAUACCGAGAACUGCGUUUAACCACACUUGCCCAGAACCAUCUGAAGGAGAAACACCAGCAGGAGACCACCAUUACUCACCCACAGCUCUCUUGAAGUCUAUCCAAAGUUUUCGCGUCACCUUCCACGGAUGACGAUCCCCUGCUAAGUCUAAGUCAUACUGUAUCUACCAUAUCGUAUAUAUACUAUUUUUAUACCUAUACAUGGCGAAGUGAAAAGGAAACCCUGACCUGGUACCCAAGUUGCCAGCGGCAUAUCCACGUACGUAAGUUUUAAAAGUUUUGCAAGAUAUACAACGGAAAAGCAUUACACUGAUAUCGGGAUGAAUACGAUCGAUGGUUGAAUGAGAAAUGGAAAAGGGAAAAUGGAAAACAAGGAUGAUAUGGAUGUUCCUAAACCGCAGAGAUCAUGUUGCUUUGUUACUAGUUUAUAUUGUUUUAUUAUACAAUACAUGAAUAUAUAUAAACCACUUUUUUGCAUAAAACCAAA